AUGGCGCGAGCUCUCGAAAGAUUAAUACACAUACAAAAAACGAUAUCACUGCCAUCCGUUGCCGAGAGAAAUUAUACAGUGAAGGAACCAUCAGAAAAACUAUGGAUACCGAGAGAUCGACCUUUCGACCCAGUUCCUCCAGUUAAGGUUAUCAUUGUUGGUGCAGGUAUUGCUGGUAUCGCUGCAUCUAUACUAAUUCCUCGCAAAGUCGCGAAUCUAGCUUACAAGAUCUUUGAGAAGCAAGAUGCCGUCUUUUCGACCUAUACUAUGAUUUUGUCUAACUUUGGUGUCAUGGCUCCCAAUAUCCCGAAUUACUUUGCAGUCGUUCAGGCAAAUACUAACGGUCAGGGAGGAACAUUCCCUCUUCAAACGGAGAUAUCUGCGACGUAUAUCUCCAAGAUCAUCCGUAAGGUUCAGAGCCAGGGCUACCGGGCUAUCUACCCAUCUCAAGAGGCGACGGCGGACUUCAAUGAGAUAAUUACCGGAUAUUUUGACAAUAAAGUGAUUGGAGACGAGUGCGAUGGUUGGUGGAAAAGUGGAUUUGGCAAAUCCCGACCUUUGGUGUCGUGGCCUGGCACGGGUCACCACAGAUUUGACAUAAGUCGGGAGCCACGCUGGGAGGACUUUGUCUUUGAGAGAUCAGAAGAGGGGACGAGGAAUAGGUUUGAGUACUUUGGCAAUGGGUGGACCGAGCGUGAGAGAACCGGCGGCAAUACGGCUCUCACAAGUUACCUCAAAGAAGUUGGAAAAAUUGACAUUGCAACCCUGCACGAAAACUGGAACGAUUGA